CAUUGUAUCCGGACGGAACCGGAUACGUGGCCAUUUCCAAUGCUGCGCCGUGUGCUGCUGCCUGUCCGCCGCUCGCUGAUGGCCAAGUCGAUGCACACCAAGACGCACGUCGUCGCCGUCGACAAAGCGAGCGACACGAUUACGUUCACGCCCAAGGCCAAGCACUCGGCGUCGCUCGUCUUCAUGCACGGGCUCGGCGACACGGCUUUCGGCUGGGCCGACACGAUCCAAUUCAUGUCGGCGGCGCUGCCGCACGUCAAGUGCAUCCUGCCCACGGCGCCGACGCAGCCCGUGACGCUCAAUCACGGCAUGGCGUGCCCGUCGUGGUACGAUAUCCAGUCGCUCACGAACCGCAAGGGCGACCCGUGCACGGGCAUCGAGGCCUCGCGCGACCGUAUCCUAGGUCUCAUCGAGAACGAAAUUGCCUCGGGCAUUGACGCGUCGCGUAUCGUCAUUGGCGGCUUCAGCCAGGGCGGGGCCAUGUCGCUCUUUACGGGUUACCAAAUGCCUCAUGCGCUCGCAGGCGUCCUUGUUCUCUCUGGCUACGUUCCCAAGUCGGACACCUUUGCGGUGCCCGACGCCCUCAAGGACGUGCCGCUCCUCAUGUGCCACGGCGAUAGCGAUAUGGUUGUGCAGCUGAGCUGGGCGGAGCUCUCAGUCGAGAAGGUCCAGAGCCAAGGCGUCAAGAACGUCGAGUUCGUCGUGUACGAGGACUUGGACCAUGGCGCGUCUAUGGACGAGAUCAAGAAGGUCCAGGCGUGGCUCACCAAGGUGCUUCCGGCCGACGUCUAGACGCGUGUCGACGUCCUAGGACAUGCUCGUAAUCAACACGAACCUUUGCCGCCCA